CCUCUCCUCUCCUCUCCUCUCCUCUCCUCUCUUCUCUCUGGUCCAGAAAUUUUGUACAGCUUAGAAGGUAAAUGUGAAGAUAUCUUCACUACCUAAAGCCUGAGAGCUGUUAUAUGCUCUCAUUAGGAAGAUGGGGAGUUCAGACACAUACAGAAGACGGAUUAAGAAACUGCAUACUGCUGUGAAAGAUUUUGUGCUAUCAGUCCUUUUGGAAGCAGAUAGCAAACUGCUCUGACCAUCCCCCUCAACUCCCAGCUUCCACACGAUCAGGUCUCAACUCCCAGCUUCCAUUACCCUCUUUUUAAUGCCUCUGGGAAGUGAUUCUAUCUCAUACUAUUUGAAGUAAAUAAGCUGCCCUCCUGAAUCUUUCCAGUACAUAUUCUUCAGGAAGCAAAGACACACAGGCUGCCAUCACCUGAGAAGCAACGUAAGCAGAGUCAACGAUCAAUGUGGUUUUCGUGCAUCUCAGUUAAAAAUAACAAUAAAGAAAAAGAACCUGGACCUGCGUUCGCCGCUGGAAUGCACAGCUGGAUGCAGAUCAGAGAGAGCCAAAUCCAAGUCAGCACGUCGGCCUUUCUUUUGGAAGAGGAGGAACAAUAGUUUCCAUAGCUCACAGCAUCUCGCUGUAGACAGUGGCCUCCAGUCCGUGGGACAUCAGGUUGAGCAGGCUGAGAAAAGGGAAAAUAUCAGACCCAAACAGGCUUCGAUAGCAAGGCCGUUGGAGAGGAAAGAAGCAAGUAGCUGAGGGGAGACGUAGAAACACAUCCUUCUCUUCACAUAGAUUUCAGUCUAACUCCAACAAACAAACAAACAAACAAACAAACAGAGCCAACAACCAGAAGGACCCACGGUCAGAAGGAAUUGCAGAAGGGAACAAUGCAGCUAAUUUUCUGGUGGAGAAGAGCUCUUCCUUGCUCUUCUCCUCCCCACAGCAAUCAGCCAAGCUGGGAAGAGGAGAUUGUCUCUAAACUCAGCAGUGUGCCUUGAGCACAGAACAAGUGCUGACAGUAAACAAGUAAGCACAGUCGACAGCUGUGGCAACCACAGAGGCAAAGCCUGCUCAGUGACAGGAAUGAAGGCUGUUCCAGAGACCUGUGACCAGGAGCUGGGAACAGGUACAAAGAAAGAACGAUGUCUUCGGGAGAAAAGCCUACUUCUGUGCGCCCUUCUUCUCAGUACUGUCCUUGGUUUUGCAUUACUCAUCACCUACAUCACGAUGACUUGUGCUCCAGGAUCAUGUGAUGUUGAACCGAGCCUUGCACUCUUGGCCAGACUCCUGAAUUCUAGGAAUGAUACUGUAGACCCCUGUGAGGAUUUCUACAAAUAUGCUUGUGGCAGCUGGGAAGGCAAACACUCAAGCACAGAAGUAUCACAAAACAUCUUUGAUUUGCUGUUGGAAGAAAACCAGCUGAUAUUGAAAAGGCUUUUAGAGGCCCCACACUUUGAGAUAAGAGGCUCAGCUAAGGAAAAAGCAAUCCAGUUCUAUCGCUCCUGCAUGGAUACCCAAAGGAUAGAAUCCCAAGGAAGUCAACUAUUGAAGGACCUCAUAAAUCAGGUUGGUGGAUGGAACAUCACAGGCAUAGGGAAAGCAAAAGAUUUUAAUGAAACUCUUCAGAUUCUCAUGGGCAGAUACAACACUUUUCCCUUUUUCAGAGUGCAUGUGGGACCCAGUCCUUCUGAUCCCAAGACCAAUGUAAUUCAGAUUGACCAUCCUGAGUUUGAGAUGCCAGCUGAAAGUAAAUUCAAAAAGAAAAAUUAUCUUGAGGUUCUCCGUGUGUAUCUCUCAUAUUUGGAGAAACUGGGGGACCUACUUGGAGGUCUACAAGAUGGUCCUCCUCAUUCCUUUUCCCUUACCUUGUCCUUCAUCUCCAAUCUCCAGCGUGUUGUCACCCCCCUGCAGGAAAGACAGCAGAGGGGAAUGCUGUUCUUUCGCACUACCAUUAGGGAGUUACAGGAAAAGGCACCUGCUAUUGACUGGUUGUCAUGUCUCCAGGCUGUCUUCUAUCCUAUGCCAAUUAAUCUCUCUCAGCCAAUUGCAGUGCAUGAUAUGGAUUAUUUAAGAGGCAUGUCACAGAUCAUUGAAGAAUGGCACAAAGAAAGGGUUCCGCAUAUCUAUAUGAUUGUUUGUCUGGUUGGGAAUCUCUCCCCUGCCCUUGAUAGUCGAUUCCAAGAUGCACGUGAGGAGCUAUCUAAGAUUCUUUAUGGGAAAACGGAAUCCAAAGUGCUAGAAUAUGAGUAUUCAUCUUGUGUGAAGUUGAGUAUUAUCCCAGAUGAGCGCUGGAGGAAGUGUCUGACUGAUACCAGUUCCUUCUUUGAGCCAGUCCUAGGGCAGAUGAUUGUGAAAGAAAUUUUCCCUGAGCAGAACAAGAAACUUGCUGAGCAGAUGUUCUCUGAGAUCCAAGAUACCCUCUGUGGUCAACUGGAUCAGCUGGAGUGGAUGGAUGAACAAACUCGCCAGGAAGCUAAAAUCUUGGUGUCCAAACUACAAGUGGAAAUUGGCUAUCCAACUUACAUACUCCAGACUGCCAAAGUGAACAAGGAAUACCAGAAUCUGGAGAUAAAUGAAGACACUUUUUUCCUAAAUGUGGUGGCUUGCUUGAAGAUGAUGAGGGAGAAUUCAUUCUCAAAGCUCCUUCAGCAUCAUUCACAAGAUACCUGGCAGGUGGCCCCCUGGGCUGUCCAUUCAUACUACUCAAUAAGGCACCACAUGGUGGUCUUUCCUGCUGGAAUGUUCCGCAGCCCUUUUUUCCACGUGGAGUUUCCCAGUGCUGUGAACUUUGGAGCCAUUGGGGUCUUCAUGGCACAUGAACUUCUUCACGUAUUUUAUGAUUAUAUGCAUCCUGGUGGCUGUCCCACAUGCAACAGUAGUGUGCUACAGAAAUCUAUAGAUUGCUUGGUAGAACAGUAUGAAAGUUUUGGCUUUAAGGUCAGUGGUACUUCCACACUGUUGGAGAAUACAGCAGACACUGGAGGUCUUGCCAUUGCUUACCAGGCCUAUAAGAAUUGGCUGAAAAAGCAUAAACAAGAGGAGUAUUUACCGAAGAUCGGACUUUCACAUGACCAGCUUUUCUACCUCAGUUUUGCUCAUGCAAUGUGUGGACACCAGGAUCCUGAGGAUUUACAGUCUUCCUUGGAUACAGAUCCACAUAGUCCCUUGCCACUUCGUGUCUAUGGACCUGUCAGCAAUAAUCAGGACUUUGUAAAACACUUCCAUUGUCCCCGUAGAUCACCAAUGAAUCCAGACAGCAAGUGCCAAAUCUGGUAAUUUGUAUGAAAAAGGAGGAUGAGAGACACGACCCCAGGGAGAUGAAAUCUUGAGCUGUGAAAGUACGAUUCAUGGGUCAUACUCAGGGCCAACGGAGUGAUGUGGAGCAUUUAUUUCCUCUUCUAACUUCCUCUUCUUGUUAUCCAUUUCCCAGCAGUUUAUGAUAGGAAUCAUCUCAAAUUGAGCUCAUAAGAGAAAAGGGUCUCUUCCUGCUGCUCCCAGCACUGUCUCAGAUGGGACAACUCUGUAGUUCAGCGUGUCCUAAGGUAACAAGAUGACUAGCCACUCCCUAGUAGGUAGCUUCUGAGGAGUUGUUAACAGAAAGACUGUUGCAUCAUUAGGCCUGCUGUUCAGUGUAUUUCCCUGUCCACUGCAACAACAUCACCAUCAUGUUGAAUGGGCAGGACAAUAUGCUAGAGUCCUAAGACUUGUUCAUACGAGACUGCAUCUUAGAAAAUUUCUUCAGGUUACAUGGAAACCACACACAAGUAAGUUACCAGUGAGAGAAGAGUCCUCUUCUCUUCUUCAGCAGAUAAAUGGAGAUAAGUUGUAAGGAAAAAUUAGUGGUUCCAGUUUCUAGGUUGAAGAUGAGUCACUUAAUAAUGAAGGUUAUUCAUGUAUUUCACAAGGAAACAUCCUCGUUGAUGGAAGUGGGACUGGGAGUUGAAAAUUGUUUCAUUUUCUUCUUUCUGUCUUUUCCAGAAAGAUUCCUCUUUUAUUCUUACUCUCUCUUUAGGGUUGAGGAUAUGGAUAAAGAUGAAGUAUGAGGUAGUCACAAGGCUUUUCUAGAGGUAUCUGGAGAUCAUUAACUUGAAUAUUCCAAAUUCUCUGGAUCCUGAACCAGGCUUUCACAUCCCUACAUUUGUAAAUAUUUACCAUCCAAACAGAGAAGUUUAUCUGACAUAUGAUUUAAUAACUACUUGAAACUGAAUUUUAUGUAAUAGUUUACUUUGGAGAAAAAGGAGAGUUAAGAAAUAAUAUAUUUUAGGGUAGCAGGAGAUGUGCAUAAAAUACAUUCUCAAGAGCAACCUAAUAAUUAUAUCAAUUCAAUUUUUAAAAUUUCCCCCAAUCAAGAAGCAUUCAAAACUCCCCCACAUUUUGCAUACUGUUAGAACUGUUCUGUUUAUUUUACUUAUUAUAUUGAAUGCCUGGUUAUUGUGUGUGGAAUAGAUGAAGGCAAGUGGAAACGGCCCUUAUCAGUGUAAGUAUUACAUUGUGAAAAGCCCAGUAAAAGUGUUAAUCUUCACACACUGACCAAUGCAGCAAAAUAUUUUCCAAGAAUGAACUGUUCAGAGAUGUUUUCAUUAAUUUAUGGACUAACAUGUUAAUAAAACAUUUGCUUUCAAACUAAACAAAAAAGAACAACAAAAAAAUCCCUCAUCCCCCCUCAAAAGAAUUUUAAAAAAUAUAUAUCCCUUUGAUUACAAACUGUUUAUGGCCUAGUCUGUAUCUUUAUUUGGUCUGUUCUCUGCAUGAACACAGUACGUAGCUGAAAUUCACAAAUAGUAGAUAAUAAUACAUUAUGAUAAUAGGAUUUAUUUAACCAGUAUAAAAACAAUCAAACAAACAAAACAAAAAGAAAACAGAAAAUUAGGGUAUUUUUAAAAAUCUUUACCUUUUAAACAUUGUAUACGCUCUCUCCACUUGUUUAAUCAACUUUGUCCUAUCAGCAUGCUCAGAACAUUUGGUCUUUCUUUCAUUGUUAUAAUAACCAAAUGUAUGUAACAUUAUACUAUGCAUCUUUUGUAUUACAGCACUUAUUUCACUGGACUUAUUUGUUUAAAAUGUAUAGAAAAAGAGACAGUCUGCAACUUGAUAAGUUUUUUAUUUCUUGUAUCUAUCUUGUUAAGGGUGUGUAGGUAACAAUUCUCUGGAAUAUGCAUUGUUUUCCUUCUUUCUACCAUGUAUGAUGAAUUUAUGGGUCUUUCAAAGAUAGGGUCACUAUUGAAGCUGGUGAGUUCAAUCCUUAUUUAUCUUGAGUAGGAUAGAAGAGGAGAGGAGAGGAGAGGAGAGG